CCCGUUUGGUUCACACCAGAGAGCAUACGUUCUGUUCCCCAGCUACUAGAAGCCUUGCAUUCCCGUCAAGUACCUUCGACCUACACUGAGGAACUCGCAGAUUUUUUUUUUCGCUACAAAAAUCUGCAUCUCUUAUCCAGAACAUUUUAAAGAUUUUCACAUUUACCUUGAAAAUCAUCAUUUAAAAUGUUCUUCCGUCGUUUUGGAGAUUCUGGGGUUGAGGAGAGCUUCCUCGCUCAGAAUCUCUCCAAACUUGAGAAGAGAGUCCAGCAAAAUUCCUCGCUGACCAGCCAGUUGCAAACCCUCGCCGCUGAGCUGGAAGGCAAGAAAAACCUGAGAGGAACCUGCGCUGAACUCUCCCAGGCAAAGAAAUCAGCCACUAAACUGACCAAGAAGCUGGAAAAAGACCUGCAACGCAUCAACAAAAAAAUCCAGGAGCAAAAACCCCUGGAGGAGCGUUGUAGGAAACAGCAGCUAGAGAUCGACCAGCUGACUGAGACUAACACCAACCUCCUGGCAACUCUUCAGGAACUCCAGAUGAAGGUUUGGGAUCCUCAAGAGUUGUCCAGCGAGUUGAUGAGAGUCAAGGUCACGGCCGAAUCUGUCAGCCAGGAGAACCAAGAUCUAGAGAAAGAGGUUCAGAAGGUCCAAGCCACCAUCGUGGCCCUGGAACCUCUGCAGCAGCAGCUGAAAGACGACACUGAUCACCUCCAGACACUGCAGGAGAAAAACAUCAUUCUCCAGAACCAGCUGAAAGACCUCCACAGACAUCGUGAGGAGGAGGCAGCAAUGAGACAACGUUCUGCCGCCAUCCUCGCCCAAACCAAGUCUCUGGAGGAGGACAACUCCAUUCUUGACUCUCAGAUCCUACAGCUCACUUUGCAGUGUGAGGAGGCUAAAACAUGGGUUCAGCAGUACCACGAGACAACCACCAACCUCCAAGGACUGAAACAAACCAACACUGAACUCAUGGAGAAACGGGAACACCUGAAAAUGGAGCAGGAACAACUCCUCCAACUAGAAAAAGAAUAUCUCCAGGCCAAAUCAAAGACUCUUCAGUUGGAACAACAAAACCAAAAUGUCCAGAAAGAAAUCAAAGACAUCCAGGGAAAACGGAAUUCUGCACUUGAGCUGAAGCAAAAAUGUAAAGAAGAAGCAGAUUUGUUCCAGUUCUUGCAGAAACAAAACACCACCCUGAAAGAAGAGCUCCUUGACCUGCAGAAGAAGUGUGAGAAAGACGCUGAGAUGAAGCUUCAGUAUUCCUCUCUGCAAGCUGAUAGAAAGGCUGUGGAGGGGGAAUUCAAAGCACUGAAGCAACAGAUCCGCGUUCUUUCUCAGCAAUGUGAGGACUUCAGGCCCAUGACUGAGAAAUUUAAUGAGACCACAGAGUACAUCGGCCAACUCCAAGA